CAUUUUUCCCCCUUCCUUUUCCAGUCUAGUCUCGAUUUCGUGGGGCGUUGAGUUUGAUUGCUGUCUACAAAGUUGAUUCUUGACAAGGCACAAGGUCUUCCAGAAUUUCCAAAAUGUUUAGCUACCUUACGAAAGAUUCUAGACGUCAUCCACCAGAUCUCUACAACAAUGUUGUGGAAGGUUUGAAGAAGAUCUACAAGUUAAAAAUAUUACCUUUAGAGGAACAUUAUUUGUUUCAUGAAUUUCAUUCUCCACCUUUAAAUGACGCCGAUUUCGAAGCAAAACCCAUGAUUUUGUUGGUAGGUCAGUAUUCUACGGGAAAAACUACGUUCAUUAAAUAUUUGCUUGAGAAAGAUUUUCCUGGAAUACGUAUUGGUCCAGAACCUACUACAGAUCGUUUUAUCGCUGUGAUGUACGGGGAACAAGAAAGUAUCAUUCCUGGAAAUGCUCUUGUUGUUGAUCCCAAGAGACAGUUUCGCCCACUUAGUAAAUUUGGUAAUGCAUUUUUAAAUAGGUUUCAGUCUUCUGUUGUUAACUCGGAAGUUUUGAAAAGCAUUACUAUCAUUGAUACUCCUGGUAUUUUAUCUGGUGAGAAACAGCGAGUUGAUAGAGGCUAUGAAUUUACUGGAGUCUUAGAAUGGUUUGCCGAAAGAGUCGAUCGUAUAAUUCUUCUGUUCGAUGCACAUAAAUUAGAUAUUUCGGAUGAAUUCAGGCGCAGUAUUGAAGCUUUGCGUGGACAUGAUGAUAAAAUUCGCAUUGUUCUUAAUAAAGCUGACAUGGUGGACAGCCAACAACUGAUGCGUGUGUAUGGUGCACUUAUGUGGUCUUUAGGUAAAGUUCUCAAUACCCCUGAAGUGGCUCGUGUUUAUAUUGGCUCAUUCUGGGAUCAACCCCUUAAUUAUGAUGCUAAUAGAAAAUUGUUUGAAGCUGAAGAACAAGAUAUGUUUAAAGAUAUACAAAGCCUACCAAAAAAUGCAGCCUUGAGGAAAUUGAAUGAUCUAAUCAAGCGUGCACGAUUAGCUAAAGUGCAUGCAUACAUCAUAAGCUCUUUAAAAAAUCAAAUGCCAUCAGUCUUUGGAAAAGAAGCGAAAAAGAAGGAACUUGUCAAGAAGUUAGGCAAUAUCUAUGCAGAAUUACAGAAAGAGCACCAGAUACCACUGGGGGAUUUUCCAGAUAUGAAAUUAAUGCAAGAGAAAUUGCUGCAACAAGAUUUUGACAAAUUCAAUACUUUGCGACCCAAACUUUUGGAAAAUGUUGACAUAAUGCUUCGGGAUGAUAUUUCCAAAAUAAUGCAGAUGAUUCCACGUGAACAAGAAGAGCAGAUUGAAAAUGCUCCUGUACAGGGAGGUGCCUUGAAUGCUUUAAAUGAUAAUCCAUUUGGCCAUGGCCGUGGAGAAGGAGCAGAUGCUGGUUCUCUUCAGGUCGACUGGGUAGUAGAGAAAGAUCGUUUCAAAUUUGAUGCGAUCUUUAAUCGCUUGAAUCCUGUAGAUGGAAAGAUCACUGGUGCAGCAGCGAAGUCAGAGAUGGUCAAAUCCAAACUUCCAAAUACUGUCUUGGGUAAAAUUUGGAAGCUGUCCGACAUUGACAAAGAUGGGCAAUUGGAUGCUGAUGAGUUUGCACUAGCCAUGCACCUCAUAAACGUGAAACUAGAGGGUCAUGAUUUACCACAAGAACUGCCAGAACAUUUAAUUCCUCCUUCAAAAAAAUAAUUUUUGUAAAAUGCACAUGUUUGUUGGUGCUUUUUGUAUGAAUUAAAAUAGUAAUGGAUUUUUAUACUUAUAAAAAUUCUUUGUUCAUAAAAUUAUUUAAAAUUACAUCUUUUUCAAAUCAAAGAAUUCAUUUGCAAUAUGUUAUAUAUGAAUUAUAAUAAAGAACACUUUGUCUUAUAGAUUUUUAAAAUAUUUCACUCUUCAUAUUAUUUCAGUUGGGGAAAAAUGAAGCAAAGCGUUAAGUGGCCAAAUGUUUUUUUUUUUAAUUUAUAUAUAUAUAUAUAUAUAAUAUAAACACAUAAAAUGCUACUUUUGUGAUAGUAUUUAAUGUAGUAACUUGUUCUUCGCAUGCAUGUAUUUAUGUAUAUUCUUUUUUUUUUUUUGAGAAAUUGUUACGAAAUAUUUACAUACCUUAAUUGAAAGUAUUAAAUAUUUUGUAUGAAUUUCUAUUAUACAUUUUCAUUUGUAUUAAAUGCAUGACAUUUGUUAAUUUUUUUUAAAAAAAUUCCUUUUUAUUUUCUACUAUUUUAUUAAAAGUUGAAACUUGGGUACUAUAUUGAUAAAAUUAUUACAUCGGUAAAUUUUUUAUAUUCUGUAAACAGUAUGUUUGUAAAUUGAAUAAAGUAUUUAUGUCCUAGAUUUUCAUUAAAAUUUUUUUUCUGUACACCAUUGUUUUAAAGAAAAUCAUCACAGGAAAUAAUUAAGUAUGAUGAAGUAUUUUUAAUGUAAUUUUGGUAUUUUGAUUAUUAAGACCUUUUUUUUUCAAUGAUAUUUCAGUAUUAACUUGUAUUCUCAAUCUUUUUGCUAUUUUGUCUUAUGAGUGUUUACUAUUUAUUAUUUGUGUAAUUCAUGUUCCCGUUUUUUGUUUAGUAUUCCCAAUUUUUUUUCCAUAUACUAAUUAGAUUUUCUACACAAUCCAUCAAGUUAAUUUUUGGUCUGUUGUAACAUUUUCUUUCUUUUUGAAAUUAUUUAAUAUAUACUGGUUUAAAGUUAAAUGAUUGUAUCCUUAAAAUGCUGCACUGUUUGGCUUCUAAGUAACUGUGUAAUACCAUAUUUUGAGUUUAAGUAGGUAAAUAUUGUGAUAAUGAAAUUAUUAAUUUUUCAGAUAUUUAUACUUUUUAAUAUUGAUAAUUUUUACUGAAUUCUGCAUUUUUUUUUAAAAAAAAUUAAUAUAAUGAUUAACUGUGACAUGUUUUUAGACCUCUGAAAGAAAGAAAUUAAUUAUUGACAGGUGUCAGUUCCUUUUAUAAUCGGACUGUAGGACCCUGUCUGCGACAUAAAUCUUUCAAAUCCAAUAUAUAUUUCUAUAUCUUGUGAUAUUUGACUUCAAAUGAAAUACAAUAAUGUAAUGCAUUUCUUAUGACUCAAAUUUCUAAUAAGUAUUGAUCAUGUUUAAAUAUGCUUAAAUGAUAUUUCUUUUUCAAUUUUUAUUAAAAUACACUUAAUUGAAAGAUGUCAAUAAUAGAAAAAAAUGAAAGUUACUAUAGUUCAUUUUUAUACUUAUGUUUAUUCACUUUAAGCGCAAUAUUCUCAUUGAGAUUAAGAUGUGCCGUUUUAGAAAGUUUCUCUUUACUUGUAAAUUGGUUUCUUUAAUUUCAUGCUGCUUUUCAUAUUGAAACUUUCAUAUUAAAAAUGUUAAAUUUUAUAUGAAAAAUGUUAAAUGAAUGAAAAAAAAUGUUAAAUUUUAUCUGACUUGUAAUUAUUGUAAUCCACCAGAGAGAAGAAUUUAGUAUCUUCUGUAUGUGGAGAGGAGGAUAGCGAAUGCUUCUUUAAUUUUAUAAAGUAUUUUUUUUAAUGUGUUUAAAAGGAUAAUCAGGAUAAAUAACUAAGGAAAGCUGUAGACUGAAUAUGCAUGUAUAGCUGAAAAUUUAUAAUAAAUUUGAUUUUGGGUUAUAUUUUAAUUAUAAAUUAUUUGAUAAAAUAGUAUAAUAAAAAGUAAAAUUUGUUUGCACCUGCACAUUUAAAAACUCAUUACAAUUUUCCUUUAUUUAAAAUUAUUCUACAUGAGAACUAGAUACAAGCAUUCUUCUUUCCAUUUUAUCAAUAUUUCUGCAAUUAAUGAUUUUAGACAGGUUAAAGUUGAAAUAAUUGUAUUUGUGCCUUAACUUAAGAGUUUAGAAUCUCGCUGAUAAGAAUAGUAAAAUGAAAUAUGCAUUUGAACUAUCUUAAGUUCAUAAAAAUAGAUUUUUUUUUUUUUUAAUUUGUCAUGUUACUACACUGUAGGUGGCUAGUCAUAUUGCUGGAAAGAAAAUAGAAAUAAUUCAAGAAGUAUUUUGCCAUGUGUUGUCUGAAAAAUGUAUUGCAAAUUAAAUUUUGCUUAUUGUAACCUUCUAAAUUUCUAGUCAGAAAACAAAUUACUUUAAUAAACAUGUGCCUUCUAUAGCUUAAGUAUAUAUAUUUUUUUAUCUGUUUUGUACCUUUUGCAUUUAUACUAUUCUGGGACCAAAACUUGGUGCUGUGAGAGAACGAUUUAAUGUAGAUCCACAUUCUAAAACGUAUACAGUUUCAACAGUAUGCACAUAUUUUGAAAGUAAUUUUGUCUUCGGUAAACAUUGGGAUCUCAGUUUUGUUUUUGUUUGGAAUGUUGAACUGUGUUCUUACCAAAAAUAUUUUUGUAUUGUAUCUUACUUAAUACUUUAUUUCUGAAAUGUUCUUCAGAAAUAUUUUGUUUUGAGGUUUAUCAAAUUUUCUAAAUGUUUGCUUAUGGAAUCAAAGUGAGCUUACUGCAAUAGAUAUAUUUUAAAAAAAUGUUUGCAUUCUCUUCUAUUCUUAUAAAUUUGCCUUUUUUCCCCCCAUUAAUGAGCAUAACAUUAAUUUUGGUUUAAAAAUGAAUAUUGGUUCUAAUACUCAUUAAUUCAAUUAUAACAUUGGUCUACUAUUUCGUUUAUAUUGAAAAUUUUUAAAUACUUAAUUUAAUGCAAAUUACAAAUUCAAUAUAUAUUUUAUUGCAUAGUUAUGGAAUUAUAUAAUUGUUAUCGCUUUUUUUAAAAAAUAAAAGUUAUUUU